CGACGCGGGAUCUCCCGCCACUCAGUUCACUCGCGAGCUUGCGCAAGGAAACAACUCCAGAAUAUCCCAGAAUUUAAACUCAGUGUUGCACCACAAUAUUGGACUCAUUUUAUUUACUUUCUAAAAGAUUCUACUGCCAAGAUGUCUGAAAGCAAGCAGCACCUCGAAGCCGGCCAGCAGCUCGUCAAGAAGACCAUGGAUGAGUUGAUCCAACAGAAACAGACAACGGAAAAAGUCACCAUCCAGGCGAGACAAGAAUUCCGUGAACAUUAUGAGGAGAGCUAUGAAGAAGCGUUCGAAGAGGAAACCUUUAUUGAUGAGUUUGGAAACGAGACCACCAACAGGGUGGAGUCAAGCAGUGAGAGCAAAGAGCACUCAAAGAGCGCGGACGUCAAAGUGAAAGCCACCGGCCUGAACGCCGCCCAAGUAAAAGCUUUAACGGACUGCGCGAACGAGGCGGGACAGCUGGCGCUCGACUCCAAGCCUGCUAACUGAACGUGUCUGCCUUAUCCCGCGCGUGUGGUGGUCUCAAAUAGUGAUAAAGACUGUGUCCAGUGUUCCUUAUUAAGUAUUUUAUUUUAUCUAUUUAUGUAAGAGAAAUUUGAUAAGUAUGCAAUAAAUAUAUUUAAAUGCA